AUUUAAUCUUACAUUCAGCCAGGUGCUAAGAUUAUCACAGACCUUUUGAAAGAGGAAAGGAAUAUUCUAAUUAUUAGGAUGUUAAGUAGGACAUUCAGAUGAUCUGGGAGUGAUAAUUUUAAUAAUCUCAGUGAUUCUGAAGAUAUACAUCACUGGGAAUUUGGAAAUAAGUGAUGAAAAGUCUUGUACAUGGAAGUCUGCAGCGUAUUCAGUACUACAUUUAAACGUGCAGAUCUUGAAUGGAUUUAUAACAGAACUGGCUCUUUUAUAGACUCAUUUAGGUGAAUCAUAAUGAUCAGCAGCUCUGCUGAGUUGUAGACUGAGUGCUGAAGUCAAAAGCACCUUUGCAGACACCGAGAGGAAAUGGCUGAUCUCAGAAACAAGUAAAAAUUACAAAGUAUUGAACCUUUGUCUUUUAUGUUCUCUUCAUCAUUGACUGAUAAUCAGAUUCAAGCAGGAUCUUUACUCCUUCUUGCUGUUUGUAAGAUGCAAACUACUUUUCCCAUAAAGGGAUAUUGCUCACAGAGCUCCCUCUGCUUUCCAAAUCCCUGAGCUACAGCUGUCACCUGUUUUUAAAGGUCUAUUCCCUUCUCUUUAAAGCCUUUCCCACUUCUGUAUUUUCCCCUUUCCAAAGCAAAAUGUGGCAGAGAGAAAAGGUUGCAAGGAUAAUCAACAAUCUCACAUAACAGUGUACUGUCAAAAUUUUUUCUGAACUGGAGCCUCCUGUGUAGUUCUGUACAAUGUAUAAAGAACAGUUCAAAUAACAUAGGCAUUUUCAUAGGUGAGCUCUGGAAGUGUUUGAGCAGUGUAUUUUUCUUUCAUAGAUUUGAGAAGCUGAUAAUAAAGCCUUUUGACAAAAGGGGGUGGGCAUAUAUGAUUUCUGAAACCCAGUAAGGGUGAAUACUAUAGAGCUGUUACAGUUCCAGUGAGUAGCAAAUGCUGCAAUGGUCUGGAAGUGAUGCAGGUAUGAAAGAUGUAUAAUUCACAACCUCAGAAGGAUUUAUGCAGCUACCCAAACAACAAGAUAGUUACCUUCCAAAUUAGAUGCACACAACUUAAAAUAAAUUUAGAAUUAAUGUAGGGCUACUUAUUCAGGAUCUGCCACUUUUCAUCAAACAAGAUUUCACCCAACUCUGAAUAACUUGUUUUGGUCUUCCUUACAUAUACCUAUCAUCAUGAGAGAUGUGCAACCUGUAUGAAAAAAAUUCAAUGACCUCUGACAGAAAGCAUGUUUGGGAUAGUGACCGCCUGUGAGUUUCAAAAUAAGUUCCAUUACAAAUAACCUGGCUUUGAAUUUAGUAAAUGAAUAUUAUAAACCAGGAAAAAUUGUAAUAUAAUUCUCCAUUCAUUCCAUCAGCAAUGAAUUUUUUUUUGGCAUGAUAUUGCAUUUGUGCUACAUUGACUAUGUGUAUAUAUAUGUAUGUAAUCCUAUAAUUAAAGACUUGACAGCAGCUUCUGCCAUUAAAUCUUUGCAAUGAGAUCUGAGAAAAAUAUUUCUCUGUGAAUUAAAAACAAUUCAGCAAAGUGGAAACUGGUCGUUUGAAUGCCUGGCUUGCUGUGAUUAUGAUCAAUAUCACUAAUGGAACAAAAAUAUAAGGUCACUGAUUUUCUCCCUCAAGACAGCAGUUUACAUUCACUUUUGUCAUUUCACUUUGCAGUAUUGAAGAUGUCUCUGUGCUGGUUUUAUCUGCCUCUCCAUCUUCUCAUGGCUGCUUGCUUGUGUCAUUCCAUCAAAGCACCCACCAGCAGUUCACAACAGAGCUUCAAGAGCAACCUCUUCAACUUCUACCACUCUCUAAUUCUUGCCGAUGGUAAGGAAACCACAAUUCACCUGCUGAAGGAUAUCCCUAAAAGGUACUACUUUGUUCUGGAGGAAGGCAGAGCCCUGGCACCUUUCUCAAUAACAGUGACCCCCUGUGAUGUUCCCAUCGAAUGGAGCAUACUUGUGCACAAGGCUUCAGCGAGCUUCCUUGGAAAAGUAGCACAAGGUGACCACGAUACACACGAUGUCUCAAAAGCCCAGAAGGCUACAAGCUUUGUGUCAACCAUUUUCAACUACAAGGGAAAUUCUGUAGAGACUUACAUGGGCAUGUCUUCUCAUUCUGCCCUCUACAUGCUGGAGUUCUUAUCCACCGAGCGUGAUACACACAUCACCGUCUACUUAACAACUGACACAACAUCUGGGCACCUCUAUCCAGAACUGCCGCUGGAUCCACGCUUAGAUGUGAUUGGCAUUGGCCAUACAACAGUGACUCUGACCUGGAAACACAGUCCCUCUGUCUUGCAACAUAGAGAAAACAUACAAUACUGUCUUCUAGUUAAUGAAAAGCACAAUUAUAAGAGCUUGUGUGCUGCUGAGACUGCGACCAGAUCCUCUGGAAUGAAACUGCCAGCUACGUUAGCUUUGUCUCUCUCCCCGUACCUUCUUGAGCCACAGCAGGUGAUGAUAUUGUCCAACAGUGAGCUGAGCAUCAUCAACAGAGUGAGCAGUGGGGAAGUCAGGCAGAUAUGCAUGGGUACCAAGAACACUUACACUGUGCCCAAUCUCAGUCCCAACACUCAGUAUUAUUUUGACGUUUUUGUUGUCAAUCUCCUCACGAACGCCAGCGCUGCUUACACUGGGACAUUUGCAAGAACUCUGGAAGAACCUGAACCUAAGGUGAUGGAGCUGAAAGAUGGGAAGGUGAUUCAGGUUGUCCUGGAUGGAAAACAGCAGAAAUUCCACACACUGCAGUACCAAGCAAGGCACAAGAAAGUACAAUUUACCUUUCAAUUGUGUCGUGGUCAAGUACGGGUUCACAUAACAAAGAAUGGUAAAACAGUGGCAUCAGAAAACAUUUUGGGACUGAGAUAUUUGUCACUGAAGGGAAAGCUGCUGGACACAUACCUGGUGCAGCUGAGGUCCACAGAGGAAUCUAACUCUUCUGUGAAAGUACAGGUCUCCUCUCAAUUCAACAAGCCCUUAUUCCCACUUCUUCCAGAAAGGUUAAAAAUCAAGUCUUUCAGCAAACUGAGGACCUGCAAUUCCAUCACCAUCGCCUGGCUAGGAACGCAAGAGCAGAGCAAGUACUGCGUGUACAAGAAAAGGAUUGAAGAAGAUCAAGUGUGGAUGGAACUGCGGAGCACAGACAGGUGCUCUGGACCUGAAUCUCGGCACAAGUCAGAGAAAGUGCUGUGCAAGUAUUUCUAUGAUGUCAAUCUCCAGCGAGCUGUCACCACUGAGACCAUCAAAGGGCUGGAUGCUGGGACACUUUACUUGUUUGAUGUUUACCUCAUUGGGCCAUCUGGCAUCCCUGUCAAAUAUGACAGCAAAGUUGUGAAGACCAGGAAAAAAUGCUGA